AUGAGUCUAAAAAGUCAUGGAAAAGUCAGGGAAUUUAAAGAAAAAACGAAAAGUCAGGGAAAAGUCAGGGAAUUAUCUACACAUACACAUACUUUUUCACAAAGAUAUUUAAACAUACCCAUCCACAAUUUUAGAUCUAAAGUAAAUGAUUGUGAUGAAGAAAGUGACAAUUCUGGCAAUGGAGAUAAAAGGGAAGAUUUCACUUGCAAUAUUAAGAAAGAAGGAGGAGACUUUUUUAAUGAAGAUGAUAAAAAUAACAUACGCAAUGAACAGAAUGGAGAAAAAGAUGAGGAUGAAGCGAUGUUUAAGACGAAAAUCGAGGUGGAAUGUCAUGAGGUUCAAUAUGAUGAUAAAAGUGGCAAAGAAAAGUUGUUUAAAUGUGACCUCUGUCCCAAAAAAUAUAAACGUUAUAAUUGUUUAUUUGUACAUAAAAAGUAUAUUCAUGAAAAAGACAGACUGAAAAAAUUUAAAUGCAACCAAUGCGAGUAUGUAACUUUAAGAAAAAGUAGUUUAAAAGUUCAUUUAAAAAUUCACGACACAAAUAGUUAUUUAAAAUGUCAUUUUUGCCAGUAUAUGACUGUUCAGUUAAGGGAUUUAGAGGCACAUAUUUUUCGCAAACAUAAAUUAGAAAAUAAAGGAGACAAUAAAAUAAAAAUAACAAGUAAAAUUCAUCAGUGGACCAAAUGUUUAUAUUCAACUGUUAGAAAAUCAGAUUAUGAUUAUCACAUAUUAUCAUGUUUAAAAUUAAAAACUGAUAAAUUGCAUAAAUGCCCUAUUUGUCAUUUUACAGCAAUUCAAAAAGGUAAUUUAAAAAAGCAUAUAAAAACUCAUAAUAAAAUAAAGGAAUUGAAAUGUUUAUUUUGCAAAUAUCAAUGUGAUUUAAAAUGUGAUCUGGACAAUCAUAUUAUAUUUAAACAUCCAAAUGUGUUAAAAAAAUCUAAUAAUAAUUUAAUAACUUCCAAACUAUAUUUAUGCGAAAAAUGUAAUUAUAAGACUACAAGUGCAGCAUAUUUAAAAAAACAUGAUUGCUCGUUUAAUGGUAAUUUAGUCCAGGCCAAGCCCAGGCUACUUAUGGUUGUUUCAAAACCAAUAGUUGGCAAGAUGGAUUUUUCACGGUUGGUUAGAACUUGCCAAAAGUCCACACUCAAAAGCCUUGUACAAAUUCCUAUAUGUAUAAGUAGCCUGGACGAAAUUACCAAAUUUUGCAAUAGAUCUAAAAUAAAUGAUGGCGAUGAAGAAAGUGACAAUUCUGGUAAUGGAAAUGAAAGGGAAGAUUUUAUUUGCAAUAUUAAAGAAGACUUUUCUAAGGAAGGUGAUAAAAAUGGCUCGCGCAAUGAAGAGAAUGAAGAAAAAGAUGAGGAUGAAGCGAUGUUUGAGACGAAAAUCGAGGUGGAAGAUCAUGAGGUUCAAUAUGAUGAUACAAGUGGCAAAGAAAAGUUGUUUAAAUGUGACCUCUGUCCCAAAAAAUAUAAACGUUAUAAUUCUUUAUUUGUACAUAAAAAGUAUAUUCAUGAAAAAGACGGACUGAAAAAAUUUAAAUGCAAAAUAUGCGAGUAUGUAACUUUAAGAAAAAGUAGUUUAAAACUUCAUUUAAAAAUUCACGACAAAAAAAAAUAUUUAAAAUGCCAUUUUUGUGAGUACAGCGCUGCUGAGUUAAGAAAUUUAAAUGCACACAUCUUUAGCAAACAUAAAUUAGAAAAUAAAGGAGACAAUAAAAUAAAAAUAACAAGUAAAAUUUAUAAGUGCACCAAAUGUUUAUAUUCAACUGUUAGAAAAAAUGAUUAUGAUUAUCACAUAUUUUCAUGUUUAAAAUUAAAAACUGAUAAAUUGCAUAAAUGCCCUAUUUGUCAUUUUACAGCUAUUCAAAAGAGUAAUUUAAAAAGGCAUAUAAAAACUCAUAAUACAAUAAAGGAAUUAAAAUGUUUAUUUUGCAAAUUUCAAUGUAAUUUAAAAUGUAAUCUGGACAAUCAUAUUAUAUUUAAACAUCCGAAUGAGUUAAAAAAAUCUAAUAAAAAUUUGAUCACUUCCAAACUACAUUCAUGCGAAAAUUGUAAUUAUAAGACUACAAAUACAUCUAGUUUAAAAAAACAUGUAAAAAAAUGCAAAUUUUCUUUAGAUAACUAAUAAAUAUAAUUAUAAUAUUAAAA